AUGAUGAAUACCGGAGCUCCGUUGAGCCUUGGGCCGCCUGUCAAUCGUAAACCGAUGACUGAAGUCCCUGAGUCUGAACUCAAUGGGACAAAGGACUUUCCUCCAGCUCAGUUUCCGAAUUAUUUACCCAUCUGGGAAAUACCUCCAAACAAGUACCCGCCUCUUGAACCCUUUGACCAUGUCGAACAUGGAAAAGACGCAGAUCCAACAUUCCCUGACCUUUUGCCCCAGGGCAGCAAGAUGACUUACCUGACUGCAUCAAUUGGGGCAGAGAUAUCCGGGGUGCAGUUGAAUCAGCUCAAUGACAAGGCGAAAGAUCAACUAGCUUUGUUGGCUGCCCAGAAAAAGGUUCUUGUCUUCCACGACCAGGAUUUCGCCAAAACUCCCAUCCGCGAAGCAGUCGAGUUCGCACGCUACUUUGGGCGACUUCUUCUCCAUCCACACUCUGGUUACCCGGCGGGACAUCCAGAAAUCCACAUCGUCCACCGUCGCGCCGGCAACACAAUGUCCCAGGAUCAUUUCAAGUCCCAUACCCACUCACUGGCAUGGCAUUGCGAUAACACUUAUGAGCGCCAACCACCGGGCACCACUUUCUUGUACGCACUAGAAGUCCCCGAAGAGGGCGGCGACACUAUUUUCGUCAACACCGCCGCGGCCUAUAGUCGCUUAAGCCCUGCAUUCCAACAACGUCUUCAUGGACUCACGGCCUUACACACGGCGCACGAUCAGACGGCAAAGGCCCUCAAUAGUGGUGGAUAUGUGCGACGCGAGCCCAUCACCUCCAUUCAUCCCGUUGUGAGGACGCAUCCCGUCACGGGGGAGAAAUGUCUUUUUGUCAAUCCGCAGUUCACGAGGUAUAUUGUGGAAUUGAAAAAGGAGGAGAGCGAUUAUUUGCUAAAGUAUCUUUAUGAUCAUCUGGCUUAUAGUCAGGAUAUGCAGUGUCGGGUUCGUUGGAAGGCGGGGGACGUGGUGGUUUGGGAUAAUCGGGUUACGAAUCACUCUGCUUUGAUGGAUUGGGAAGACGGUCGACGACGACACAUUGCAAGAAUCACACCAGAAGCCGAGAAGCCUUUUGAGUAA